AUGAAUUGGAGGCCCUCAAUUUGCCGGCGGCAUUACAACUCGCUUGGAAGGCAACCCGAAAAUUUUGGAAGCCGCUUGAAAGCGACACCAGGGGGCUUCCAAGGCGGUCCCAAGACUGUUCCAAUGCAAGAGCAAAAUUUCAAAGAUAUUACCCUUGGAAUGUCAUUGCAAGUCACAUAUGGUGAUGUUCCGGCCCGGCUUCAAGCCCCGGGCCAGCCAAAGCCGGGCCAGAUUGAGCCAGGCCAAGCCCAGGCCCAGUUCUUGCUUCCUAGUCCAUCAUACUGUAGGUCCUACUUUGUGCUGCAGCUUCUUUCAGUCAUUUAUAAAUGGUAUCUGCCUGCAAUGACUGGCAUGACGGGCACAGUUCUCACCGAUGGCGAAGACAGGCCACAUGUUCUGCCGAAAGACGUCCAUUACACAAAGGAAGACAUUCAGGACAAUGAGAAAGAACAGGGAGAAAACACCUGCAUGUCUCGAGUGAGAGACAGUGGGGUGAGAGACAGCGGGCGAGAGACAGAGGGUGAGAGACAGAGGGCGAGAGCAGCCAGCAGGCGUGUGAGACACUUGAUUAAUCAACAACGUGAAUCCCGAAGACGACAGUCUGACGUCGAGGCAGAUGCUGUCGAAGUCGAAGUCGAUAAGGGUUCGGAACGGUUCGGGAAGGCCAAACCAGAACUGGACCGUUUGGGAAGAUCUAGAACCGAGAACCAUUUUCCGGUCUGGUUCUGGCUGUCCGGUUCAAACCAUGGUUCUGGACCGGACCACGGCAGCACUAGUCCCAUAUGCAAAAUCAAACCCACUGCUGCCCUCCUUCAACACUCGGAGAAAGCGGCUCUUCCCUCCCAAACAAAAGCUAUCAAUGAUUUCCGUGCAGCUGAGGCCACCAAGCGUGCUUCAGAGGUUUCUCAGCCUGCUGCACUCACAGCGCCUCCCCCAUCCAACAAACAUGUGUGUCCCGAUGAUGCCCUUGAUGAUGCCCUUGAUGACGAUGAAUCUGGUGAUAUGGAGCGCGAGAACGCUCGUGUCAACCCUAAGUGUGCUAGAAGGAAGCACAAGUCCCCAGAGAAGUCCCCAGAGUUAGUUGAUGAAGAUGGGGUUCUUGUUGAUGUCGACGUUUCUAUCACAGACCCAGGGUCAUCUUGGGCAGGCAAAACUGCUGACAUUGAUAACUUCUUUGGUGCAGCGUUUGAACACACUGGCGCUAAUGGCAAAGUGAAGAAGCACAGAAAGUGCAACAUUUGCCCGAAAAAAUGUAUUCUCGUCAAUAAAGCCACUACCCUUCGUCAUCAUGCCGAGACACAUUUUGGCGGCAAGUAUCGGAAGUGGGCAAGUGAACAUUCAUUCAAGUCCAUGUUACCUGGUGACAUCAAGGCUCGCAAGGAGAACACUGUGCAGCAACGAAUUAAUGCCCAUCUCACUGAAUGCAAGCUUGACGAAUGA